AUGACUACUAACCGAACGGUAAUACAAAAUGCAGAUAAUAAAAAGAGGAUUCUUAAUUUAAGGAAGAAAAAUUUCCAACAAAAACUGGUAAAUCAUUUAUCAGUAUUAGGCUAUACUGCAAUAGCUAUACAAUAUUUAAAGUUUGGAUGUAGAAUAUGGACUCUAUUUUUAAGGGCUGCUACUCAGUCAGCUCUGUUAUCCCCAUUUCCAUCAGAAGCGCAAAUAAGAAGAGUUACUACUGCUCGCCGUAAUGCAAAUCAAGCCGCAUCAGCAUCUUUACCAGGAUUUUCAGGUUUAUCAGACGAAAUACGAACUCAAAUUCCUGGCGGAGAGAGUAGUUAUGAUUUAACUAAUGGAAUAUCAGAAGAUAUUGAGGCUGAAAUGGAAAGAGAGGCAAAAUCACUUAAAAAGAAAGCUAGGUCCAUAAUAUUUUUUGCAACUUUAGUGACAAACUUAAUAUUUAUAUUUUAUGAUUUACUAUACCCUAAAAACUUUAUGAAUUUAGUUAAAGGCCAUACUCUGGAUGAAAAAGAUUUAACAGAUAUACCAUCUCCAUUUUACACAGCUAAUGAUCUUGUUCAAGGUGAAAGAAGAGGUGGAUUUUUCUUACAAUUGAUUGGUGAUCGUUUACCAAGAAAUAAUUUCAAUGGUAAUAUUGGAAUAAUAUUAUAUGAUUAUGCCAUUUUAAUUUGUCAAUUUGGUUUAUUCAUUCUGACAUGCGUCAAUUAUGGUGAUGUGGAAGCUGAAAAAUUAAGUGACCAAUUAGAUAUUGAUACGAUAGAAGAAAUGGAAGAUAAUAAACAUUAUAAAAAUAGCAAUGGCUAUGAUGGUAACGUUCUAGCAGCUCAAUUGGAUCCAAGCAAAGCAAUAAUUGAUGUGCUAAGAGAUGUAUCAGAGCACAGUACUGGUACUACAUAUGAAAACUCAACUAUGGUUUAG